AUGGCUCGUUCACUCUCUCCACACCAGCUUCAGACUGUCGUUUUAGGCCUAGCGCAAAAACUUGAUUCGUUAAAUGUUGACUAUGCGAUCAUGGGAGGCGCCGCCGUCUGCCUGCUAACCCAACGCCCGGACCGAGAAACGGAGGACGUGGAUUUUGUGAUUCAUGUUGAUCACCGUAUGAUCACGGCGGACCGGCUGACCUCGCAGCUCCUCACAUCAUUCCCGUCCGAAUUCGGGCAUGUCAGUCAGUUCGGGCACACGAUUCCUGCGUACAAGCUUUCUUUGCCAGGGGGUGCGAUUAGACUGGUAGAACUGGAACGGCCCCAGUACAAUCUCCAAUCUGCCACCAGAACAACAAGGUCUAUCAACGGGUAUCCGGUCAAGACUUUCGGCCCCGAAUGGAUUAUGCGUGAGAAAAUCCUCUCUCAAUAUCAACGACAGGGUAGCGGGAAAGAAGGGACAGAUAUUCGAGACGUGACUCUUUUAGCCCCUUUGUGUUCUCCAGGCAAAGCAGAGCUCGAUUUUAACAACAGUAAGGAAUUACAAAACGCGCUGUCAAAUCUUGUGCAAAAGAGGCCGACUUUGAGUGAACUACUGAAGCAAAAGAUCAAAUGCGCCGCAAUCUUUCAGAACUAG